AUGUCAUGCAUCCUCAUCCACCAACACUCUCUCCACCACCCUCAUCCACCAACAUUUCCUCCACAUCCUCAUCCACCAACAUCCUCUUCCACUAACACCCUCUCCACCACCCUCAUCCACCAACACUCUCUCCGCCACCCUCAUCCACCAACAUUUCCUCCACAUCCUCAUCCACCAACAUCCUCUUCCACUAACACCCUCUCCACCACCCUCAUCCACCAACACUCUCUCCACCACCCUCAUCCACCAACAUUCACUCCACAUCCUCAUCCACCAACAGUUCCUCCACCACCCUCCCUCCACACUCACCCACAUUCCACAUCCUAA